UUAAGUUGCCACCGCCAUACUGUAAGAAGAAGAUUUCAGUGUCUGUUGACAAAUGAAACAAAGCUGGUUAAACUCAAGUCCUCAUUCACAUAAUAUUCUGACAGCGAGAUAACUAUGGCUGGGGAAGAGUUCACAGACAUAAAUGGCAACUCGAUUUCUUUAGACUGCCAAACUCACUCUGGUUUCUGCAGAGAGUUUACUGUCACCUCACCGAAACUGUCCUUGCGCAAGGUGAUGGUGUGCACUUGCUUUAUAUGGUUAUUUGCUUAUGCUAUAUUUUUCUUCACCGAGAACACUGCUGUCCUGUCGAGUGCCAUCAUCCUCACGCUGGCUGGGAUGAUGAUUCACAUUCAUUUUGUAAAGGUGGACCAUGAGACUCUUCUUAUAAUCGGCUCCCUCGGCAUCCAACUGUCUUCAUCUUUCGCAUCUGGACGAGAAAGCACGACCUUCAUUGAGAUGAGCAAACUGAAAGACAUUGUCAUCAACGAGGCCGUUUAUAUGCACAGCAUCAUAUACUAUCUGUGCAUUCUGAUCAAGGACCCGGCAGAGCCUGAGACUGUGACAAGCGUCGUCCCUCUAUUCCAGAGUUCAAAGCCUCGGCUGAAUUGUUUGGUUCAAGUCUACAGGAGCUGUCAAGAGAUUUUAGCAGAGACCAGAUGACGCAGAGAGUCUUCCUUUGAAACAGGAUAAAGAUGGGAAAACCACAGAAUGUACCAUAAGCGUAUUGUUUGUAGUAUUUGUAUUAUUAACUACACUACAUCUUUCUGUUACAUAUAGUAGUUUGUUAGAUAUAUUUUCCAUCCACAAACUUAGUGGUUACAGUUGUCUCAACUCAUUUAAAAACAUUAUUUUAUGAUCAGACAUUUUGUAUUUCUCACUGCCUUUAUUAUUUUUCUAUAUUAAUGUUGCAGUUAAUAUUAUAUCCAUUGGUUUUUCCUCACUGUUUCUGACCUUAAAUAGCCACUAGGGGGACAUGUGUGCCAAUUUUUGGAAACUGACACAACAUAAGUUUAUUAAAUAUUAAUGAUUUCCUAUUUGGUACAAUAAGGUUUCAUUUGUUGACGUUAGUUAACUGCAUUAGUCAACAUGAACUAACAAUGAGCAAUACUUCUACACCAUUUAUUAACCUUAGUUAAUGUUAAUGUCAACAUUUACUUAUAUAUUUUUUUAAAUCAAAAGUUGGAUUUGUUACCAUUAGUUAAUGGACUGUGAACUAACAUGAACAAUGAACAGCUGUAUUUUUAUAAACAAACUUUAACAAAGGUUAAUAAAUACUGUAAAAAUAUAUUGCUCAUUGUUACUUUGUUAGUCAAUGCAUUAACAAAUAUGACCUUAUUGUAAAAUGUUACCGUUAUAUGACAUUUGAAUUAUUCAUUUUUGUUUGGUUUUAAUAAAUGUUUAUAUUAAAGAGUCAACAUAAAAGCUGUUUUAAUUCAAUUAUAAUUUCAAAUACUGAUUUGAUUGAUGAAUAAAAACCAUACAGAGAUUUUAUUUUAAAGAAGUAUAGAGAAUCAAUGCAUUAUUCAGCUAUUAAAGCAGAUCUUAUUUGGCCACCAUUGUUGUGGGUCACUUGAGGGAUUAUUCUAAUCCAUCUCAUUCGCUUUUUGGCGGGUCAGCAUUUGAUUGUGUUCCAGUUUUUGUCAGGAUAUCUUGUUAUCCAAAGCAGUUUAUGUCUGAGAGCUAGCAUACAGGUUCAACUCACUCUAACUGGAUGGAGUGAGUUUAUUUUAUCCGAGCUCUUUUUGCAGAAUUCAGAGCACCACCAAGCUUCUGAGUUACUUGUUGAUGAUUUUUUUCUUAUAAAUUACAUAGUUGAAUCAAUUAUUUUAUUGGUGUCAA